GAGUUCCAUUCCUUGUUUUCUAAGUCAUGCCAUUUAUAUAAGAAGAACCUUACCAACAUAAACACACUUCUUUAAUUUAUUCUCCUUUAGCCAUUUUCUCUCUUUGUUCCUUUAUAUCGAUCUUUGAUGGAACGCGGUGUUCUUGAUGGUAUCAUCAGUAGGUUGCUUGAUGUUAGAGGAAGACCUGGGAAACAGGUGCAGCUUUCUGAGGCAGAAAUCAAGCAGCUUUGUGUAGUUUCCAAAAAUAUCUUCUUGAGGCAGCCCAAUCUCUUGGAACUAGAGGCUCCAAUUAAGAUAUGUGGAGAUGUCCAUGGUCAAUAUCCCGACCUUCUAAGACUCUUCGAGCAUGGCGGAUUUCCUCCUCGGUCCAACUACUUAUUUUUAGGAGAUUAUGUGGAUCGUGGGAAGCAAAGUCUGGAGACAAUAUGUCUUCUUUUAGCAUACAAGAUAAAAUACCCAGAAAACUUUUUCCUUCUUAGGGGCAACCACGAAUGUUCUUCUAUAAGCCGUAUUUAUGGAUUCUAUGACGAAUGUAAAAGGAGGUUCAAUGUUAGGAUGUGGAAAACAUUUACAGAUUGUUUUAACUGCUUGCCCCUGGCCGCUCUCAUUGAUGAUAAGAUAAUAUGUAUGCACGGCGGACUCUCGCCGGACUUGCGUAAUCUAAACCAAAUAAGGAGCCUGCCUCGUCCGACCGAAGUCCCCGAAACCGGCUUGCUGUGUGACCUUCUUUGGUCUGAUCCUUGUGGAGACAUUGAGGGUUGGGGAGCCAACGAACGCGGAGUUUCAUAUACUUUUGGAGCUGAUAGGGUCACACAGUUUCUCGAGAAGCAUGAUCUUGACUUGAUUUGUCGAGCUCAUCAGGUUGUUGAAGAUGGAUAUGAAUUCUUUGCUAAUAGACAACUUGUGACUAUCUUUUCAGCACCCAAUUAUUGUGGAGAGUUCGAUAAUGCUGGCGCAAUGAUGAGCGUUGACGAGACACUUAUGUGCUCUUUCCAAAUAUUAAAGCCAGUUGAGAAAAGGCCUAAGUUCGGUUUCGCGAGCACCAGCGCAGUUAAGUCUAGCACUCCGACCAAAAUCAAGAUAAAGAUUGUCAGUAUCGCCAGCCUCAUGUGGUAGGUUAAGGGAGUCGUCCAAGGGAUUCCAAUGGCUAUCAGCCUGUUGACGAUCGGCCUGUUAGGUCAGUCGAUCGGCAGUUGAGGUGUUUAUGGUGAGCAGGCACGCAUUCGGUUGGUUUUGAGGUGGAUCAGUUGGUAACGAGUCGAUCGGUUGGCGGCGGUUUAGCACAGAUGAAAAAUACAAGCAUGCUCAGUUUAAUUCUCAGUUUUCUUAAUGAGAUUUUAUAUAUACUUUUCAAUAUACUAAAAUUGUAAAGUAACACAAAAAAAGGAUGGUUGCUAACAUUCACAGCAUUUGUUUGUUCCAACUUUAAUAAUUGUGGCUAUAU